AGUAGUAUAUAACUAAGGGUUUAAGUCUCUUCUUCUUCUCUUAGCCAUCACAUCGAUAAUGGCUUCUCUUUUAACAAAACCCAAACCCCUUUUCCUCUCUUCACAUUCGUUAUCUCCACGAACUUUGAACACAUCAACACCGUCAUUGAGUUUCACCAGAAUUUCAUUCACCCACCACCAAAAGCUUGCUCCUUUCAAGCCUCCAAGUCUCGUUGUUGCAUUCUCUGAAAAGGGUUUGAAGAGAGAUGUCACCACAGCUGCUGCUGCGACGGAGGGAGAUUACAGAAGGAUAAUGCUAUCGGAUGUGUUGGUGAAGAAGAAGGAAAAAGUAGUUUGGUGGGAGAGGGAAUGGAAAGCUAUGGAUUUUGGAGCUGUUGCUGUGGUUUUGUCUAUGCAUUUGCUUAGUCUUUUGGCUCCGUUUCAGUUCAAUUGGAGAGCUGUUUCGGUUGCUUUUGGGCUUUAUAUUGUCACAGGUCUUUUGGGUAUUACUCUGUCUUUCCAUAGGAAUCUUUCUCAUAAAGCCUUCAAGCUUCCCAAAUGGCUUGAGUACUUGUUUGCUUAUUGUGGAGCUCAAGCUCUUCAGGGAAACCCAAUUGAUUGGGUGAGUACACAUAGGUAUCAUCAUCAGUUUUGUGAUUCUGACAGAGAUCCUCAUAGCCCACUUGAUGGGUUUUGGUUCAGUCAUAUGAAUUGGAUGUUUGAUACCAAUACAAUCACCCAAAGGUGUGGAGAGCCUAAUAAUGUUGGGGAUUUGGAGAAGCAGCCAUUCUAUCGAUUCCUUCGAACCACCUACAUUUUGCAUCCGGUGGCUCUAGCGAUUGCUUUAUACGCAAUGGGCGGCUUUCCAUUCAUCGUUUGGGGAAUGGGUGUAAGAAUAGUAUGGGUAUAUCAUAUAACUUGGCUAGUGAACUCAGCUUGUCAUGUAUGGGGAAAACAAGCAUGGAACACCGGCGAUUUGUCUAAGAACAACUGGUGGGUAGCAGCUCUAGCAUUUGGGGAAGGAUGGCACAACAAUCAUCAUGCUUUUGAGUUUUCAGCUCGACACGGCUUAGAAUGGUGGCAACUUGAUAUGACUUGGUACGUCGUUAGGUUUCUUCAAGCCAUUGGUUUAGCAACCGAUGUCAAGCUCCCAUCGGAAGCUCAGAAACAAAGAAUGGCAUUGACCAGCGACUGAUCUUGGAAACUACGUGGUUAUGACCAAAAUCAAAACUGUCGCCAGAAACACUACGUGCUAGUUUGUACUAUACAUUUUUGGAUUUUGGUCAUUAUUGAAUCUUGAAGCUCAACUGCCAUCAGUCACCACAACUAAUCUGUUUUUCCUUUGCUGCAAAUGGUUUUGUGUCGAUCUCUUAUUGGUUUGUAUUUGUGUAUUUUGGCAGCCAGAAACACUACGUGCUAGUUUGUACUAUACAUUUUUGGAUUUUGGUCAUUAUUGAAUCUUGAAGCUCAGCUGCCAUCAGUCACCACAACUAAUCUGUUUUUCCUUUGCUGCAAAUGGUUUUGUGUCAAUCUCUUAUUGGUUCGUAUUUGUGUAUUUUGGCAGCCAUAAACACUACGUGCUAGU